GAAAUUGUUAUAAAUUUAUAAAAAAUAAAAAGCUCAAAUAAGUAAAAUUCAGAUGAAAAGAACACGCUCUGGAUAAUGCUAGUAAGGAGUACGAGUAGUAAAAUAAUUUUAUCCAAAAUUGGUGAUCCCCAAAACCACAUGCCUAUGUUGGUAUACUACUUUAUUCCCUUCUUAUCUUCUCCAUAAGUGGCAAAGAAAAUGAGAUAACCCCACUCCCCUUCUCUCUGUCUUCCUCUUCCUCAUUAUUUCUCAUUACCUUAACUUUAUUUUUUUUUCUUUCUCCCCAAAAAAAAAAAAAAAAAAAAAAAAAAAAAAAAAAAAAAAAAAAAAAACAGCUUUCCCCACCAAUUAUUUUCCUAAUCCCAAUACUCCUAGUGUGUUAUUCUACUAUCACUACCAAAUUUAGCAUCACUAGAUCUACCACGUUUUUUUCUACACUCAUUUAUUUUGCCCUAUUUUCCCCUCUUUUCUUACUAACAACCCAAAAAUGGCACACCCUAAUAUCAGCACAAAAUUAGAAGAUGAAUCAGAAGAAGAUGACCAAGAAAUCGGGUUGCGAAACCCGAUUUCACUCGAUUUAAACCUUAGUUUUGAUCCAAACAAUGAAUCAAGUCACUCAAACAGCGGCGGCGGUGACGAUAGAGUUACAGGGGAAGAGAUUUUACCACCAAAUAACAGUAGAGUAUUCUCAUGUAACUACUGUAGAAGGAAAUUCUUUAGCUCACAGGCACUUGGUGGUCACCAAAAUGCCCAUAAAAGGGAGAGAACUAUUGCUAAACGCGCUAUGCGAAUAGGUGCUUUGGCUGACAGACAUGUUAGUUUAGCCUCUCUCCCUCUACAUGGUUCUUUGUCAUCAUCCCCUAGUUCAUUCCAGACUCGUCCAUCGAUUGACAUUCAAGCUCAUCACGGAUCUAUGAUGAUGAUGAUGCACCCGCAUCUCCAACCAUCGUCGACUACGACGGUCCAGCAUCAAAGCCACUACAACGGUUACGCUCAUAUUCUUCAUCAUUCUGAGGAGAGGUUGCCACCUCAUCACGGCGGAGGUGGUGAUCCCGCCGCCAAGUUUGAAGGGCAAAAUGGGUAUUUACUUGGUGGUGUUCCGGUGUUCAGUGCGGUGCCGUUUUGGCCCGGAAGUUUCAGGCAGGUUGAUGAUGAGGCUGAAAGUUCUUCAGCUAUUACAAGUAUUUCUAAUAAUAAUAAAAAUAGUGAUACUACUAUUACUAUUACUACUACUACUAAUAAUAAUAUUAGUAGUAACAAUUGUUAUAAUUAUAGUUAUAAUCAGCUUGAGUUCCCAGAUUCUUGUCCUGAUCUUACAUUGAGGCUUUGAUGAAUUAUAAUUAUAAUUAUAAUUAUUAUUAUUA